AACCAGUUUUGCUCCCACCAACCAAUUGGGAUGAAAAGUAGCGGACAUCUUCUGAUUUUAGUCCAGCAGAGAAGACUUUGCGGACCUAAUCUCCGAGAGUUAUUAAAUAUUGUAAAAAAAAAACAAUUUCCCCGAUCAAACUUUUGACACUGUUGAUUUUCAUCUAUUAUUUUACACUGACAUCAAUAACACUGUUUUUUUUUUUUUCAAACGUCUGUGUGCAAAACUACACACUUUGUUGUAUCAACAAAAUGUUUUGAAACGCGGGUGCGGGCGCGCGCGUUUGUUUGCACGCGCACAUCCAAGACCCACAAUGCCCCGCGCGCAGCCAAGAUGGAAGAACCCAGCAGCUGCCGGAGAACAAUGUUUUGACUCGAGAUUUUUUGGGGAAAACGGGAGCGCCGAGAGCCAACGACGCCGGCCUGAGGAGCGGCUUGUGGUGCUCAUGCGCCGGAUGAGACUGAUUGCGACGCCAUAGUUUUCCCCAUCCAGCCGCCACCAUGAGCAUCAUGCAAGACAAGUUAGGCAACGACUUCCUGCGCCCAAACGGCGGCAUGGACAGCACCUUCGGCGCGGGCAUGAUCAUGUUCAGCCACCUGCCGCCCGUCACCAGCUUCACCCGGCUGCAUUCCGUCGGGCCGCAGGAGAUGAUCCUAAAGAAAGAGCGGGACUCGCCCGACUGCAGCGGCGGCGCCCUUCCAGGGGCGGGCGACUACGUCCACGCCUUGGGCAUCAAGCAGGAGAAAAUGUCUGAGCAUGACUACCGCUUGCCGCUCUACCCGGGGGGGCUGGCCAAGACCACCGAGCUGCUGGAGGUCGCCGUCAGUAAUCCGAACCUGCUCGUGCACGAAGUCAACGCGGCCAGCCUGCCGAGUCAGUUUGGAAAGGAGCCCGGUGGGAGGAAAGGUCGCAGGUCAAACGGUGAUGGACAAGAGAGCCGGCCAAGGAAGAAGCGGAGCGAGACAAAGUCCACGAUGCUGGAUGGAGGCAACGUGUCACCGGGCAGUAAACCUCACAUCUGCGAACACUGCAGUGCCGCCUUCAGGAGUUCCUAUCAUCUGCGCCGACACGUCCUCAUUCACACUGGUGAGCGCCCGUUCAGAUGCAGCCAGUGUAACAUGAGUUUCAUCCAGAAGUACCUCCUCCAGCGACAUGAGAAAAUCCACAGCGGAGAGAAGCCAUUCAGCUGUGACCAGUGCAACAUGCGCUUCAUCCAGAAGUACCACAUGGAGAGACAUAAGCGCACGCAUAGCGGAGAGAAGCCCUACAGAUGUGAGAACUGCCAACAGUUUUUUUCCAGGACAGAUCGACUGCUGAAGCACAAGCGAACGUGUGGAGAUGCCCUGAGGAAAGUUCUGGAUCCGAGCAUGCUGGACGUGGCUUGCGUGGACAUGGGCGGCUACGGAAUCACUCAGGGAAACACAACGGCGGGAAUCGGGAGGAAAAAAGGUCGCUCCAAAAAUCCUGGUGACGGAGGCACCCGAAAGAAGAAGAAGGGGGACGCCGGGUUGAGAGCGCCUCACGUUCCCGCCGCUGUCAGCGGAGCCUACAGCGUCCACGACUACUCGCUCGAGAAUCCGACCGUCUCCUCGAUGACGGAGCCGGCGGGUCCCAGCGUGCAACACCAUAGCCGCGCUCCUAAGAUGGCGUUCAAGAAGGCCCAUCGGAAGAGUCUAGAAAAAGGAGGCAAAGUGGAUUCAGCAGAGCACGUUGAGGAUCACGCUCUCAUGCAGACAAACGGCAAUAAAGUGGCCAACAACAAUUACGACGACGCCAUGCAGUUCCUCAAAAAGCGACGCUACCUCCAAACCGCCAUGUCGUCAAGCGGGAGUGCCGGCGCCGAGUACGACCUGUUGUCGCCACACCCGACGGUCAUUCAGAUGACGGACGCCGACUCGGGAAUACUGGAGAAGUCCAGUAUUCCCGACGAGGUGCUGCAAAGCCUGCUGGAGCAGUACACGCACAAGCUGGACACCUCGCAGCAACACCACCUCCAUUUUGAUCUGGGCGACCAGCAGGUGGAGGCGCUCCAGCCCGCCUCGGCGCAAGACCUGGACGCCGGCUCCACUCCGCCCGGCGACAAGGGCAUCAUGAUGAACGAGUACUCGCGCUUCCUACUGCAGGCGCUGGAGCGCACGAGCUACAGUGCCGGCUUCCCACUGGCCGCCUCGUCUUCCGGACCCUUCCUCUACUCGGAAUGCGGCUUCAUGCCAUCGGGGGCCGCCGACGCCUCGCCUCAGCCCGCCUUUCAGCUCCUGGACGGCGCUCACCACCACCACCACCAGCUCACCCCUUCGCAGGAGCUCAACGCCUCCGCCACGCCGCCGUCACCCUACCCGAUCACCCCGGCGGACCUCAAUGGCCACAAGGAGGCGCCGCCCACCAAGAAUGGCCUCGCCGCCAUAUUCCCGCUCUCCUCUUCGAAAGCCGCCCCCUACCAGAUCGAAACUUUUGCGCAGGCUUUUGGGUCACAAUUCAAGUCCGAAGAUCGGAUAAGGACGCCCGUGUCCGACUUCUCAGGGUACAGCAGCUUGCUGGCCGAUGUCGGCGAGCCGGCCAGCCCCGCCUCCAAAUCGCCGACCAGCCAAAGUUUCAGAUGAGACCACACCUCAAAUUUUUAAAUUUUUAAAUUUUAUUUGUAUUAUUAUUUUUUUAAUAUUCUGAUGCCACUCCUCUUUCCCACCAGACAAUUUCAUGUAAAUGUCUUUUUAUUUAUGGGGUACAACCGUGACAGGACUUAUAAGUAUAGUAUUAUUUUUUAUGAUUAUACUAAUAUGACUAUUUUUCACCAGCCAGAGGACUUAGUUUGGCAGGGAAUCAUGAUAGCCCAAGAUAGGAAACAAAGCAAAAAAAAAAAAAAAAAAGUAUUACUCAGGAAACAAGAAGUUGCUGACAUGAUGAAUGAGUGUGAACACUGAAAACACUUUCUCUUUGGCAAUAUAGAGAUUAUGCUGUCUUUUCGUGACCGUACUUGUAUAUGAUUGAUCUAUAUAUAUUUAUAAGAAUAUAUACAGUAUAUUGAUACAGAUUUAAUCACGGUGGCCAUCAAGGAAGAAUGAGGGUUUUUUUUAGGGUGGAAAAAAGGUAUACCUGUAGGGGUCGCUAGACAGCCAUUGGAAAAACCUUCCAUUUUUGGAUGACCCGCCCUCCUCUUCCUCUUCAUUUACCAUCGACCGACCAAGCAGUUUCAGGGCCACACUGACCACGAAGAGAAAAAAUGUUUACAAAUUUGACGAAGCAAAAUUGUUCCUCUAAUUCAUACAUGAGAAAAUUCUCCAAACACUCCAUAGUUUUUAAAAAAUUUAUCAGUUCUGAUAAGAAAUCCUUUAUUAGUUUUACAAUGGAGAAAUUUCCAAUUCACAGCAGUAAAUUUAAAAAUGUCAAGUUUGUAUCUUCAUGAAAAAUGUUAUAAAUUAUUUCUCAAAAUUGGAGUUUUAAACGAUGAUCUCUCAAAAUUAUAAUUUCAUGUAAUGUAUCACGUUGAAUAGUAGUUGUGACUUCUUUGUCAACUUUCAUGUCAGGCUUUUUUUUUAAUGGUAUGACGAUACCUUUUUUAUACUGAGACUUUCUCCUUGUAGCAGGCAUUUAUUUACACGGUGGAGGUGUGGCCCUCGUACUCAAGUCGUCUUUCAAGCGAUUCUUUGAGCACUUUGAGCCGCUUUGCAUUUGAGUCAAACUUUUCGUUUUGUACGAUAUGACGGACUCAGUUUUGGUUCGGGAUUUGGGAGGCUUUGUUUAAAUAUCUUUAGUGGGAGGGGCGGUGUUCUGUCAGGGUCAUUUGGGGUGGGGCUUUAUUAAAUUGCGAUCAUGUAAUUGCAACCCUUCCAUGUUUUCGCGAGCCCGUUUACUCUGCUGAUGAUUUGGUGUUUUGAUCGAGUUGUGAAACCAAGCGGCCCUGCGCUAAAAGAAAACAAGGAACUAACGAAUUUGUAUGCAUUUUAGAUUUGUCCCGAUAGAUUAAUUGGCUUGUUUAGUAAAUGUUAGAUGUCAUUUCUAAAUGUAUUUAUGCUAGUUUUUUUGUUGUUGUUAAUUAUUAAUUGUAACGUCUUCCAGUGAUCGACAUCUGCUAAGAAUUUGCCUCAUAUACCUCAGAUCGAUAUUAUCUUGAGAUGCGGGGGUAGCACAUCUCAUUGUUUACAAGCCUUUAUUGUAACACUACUUUAAAAAAAAAAGAAAUUUUGUAAGUUUAUUUUACAACAGCCAAAUGUCAUAGCUGAUGAUGUCACCAUGUUGUUUUUUUUGUAAUUUAAGGUUCUUGUGACUUGCUUCACUAAGACUUUGCCUGUCCAAUGAAUUAAAAGUGAUUAGGGAGAAAAAUGUCAAUUAAAAAAAACUCAUGGAGAAAAAAAA